AUGGAUCAGGAGCAAUUAUUGAAUCUCUUUGAUUCUAAUUGGUUUUACAACGAUAUAUCAAUCAUAACACCAUCUUUACUUUCAUUCAAACCAGAGAUUACACGAAUCGAAUCAUCUCUUCUUCGAUCUGUGAGUGAAGAUUUGACAAGUUUUACUUCUUCUUUUUCUUCUCCUGAUUCAGUCCUAAGACCACAGCAAUUACAAACAAUCAAUUCAGAGAAGGAAGCUUCAGAAGACGAAGAACAGAAACUUAAUUCAUCAUCAGCAGCAGCUGAAACUAGAGAAGCUUCAAAUAAAUUGAUGCUCAAGGGUAAAAGAUUGAACAAGAUGAAGAGCAAUAAAAGUCUAUCAGACCUUGAGUUUGAAGAAUUAAAAGGGUUCAUGGAUUUGGGUUUUGUAUUUUCUGAAGAAGAUAGGGAUUCAAGUUUGGUUUUAAUAAUUCCCGGUUUACAGAGAUUAGGAAAGAAUGAAAACCUUAAUACAGAAGCACAAGAAGAAGAAGGCAAAUUAGGCAGAGGUGAGAAUAAUAAUAAUAAUAAGUCUGCAAGACCUUACUUGUCUGAAGCUUGGGCUGUGCUAGAUAACAAAAAAAAGGAAGAAGAGCUGCUAUUAAUCAAUUGGCAAGUUCCUAAAUUAAACAGUGAAAUUGAAAUGAAAUUUCAUCUUAGAAAUUGGGCCCAUACUGUUGCAUCUGCUGUCAGAUGA